CUCCAAGCCUUUGCCUUGCGUUGCCAUGGGCAGCGUCAACCAGAGCAGCCUCCUCCAUGGCAUGGCGGGAAAGCUCAGGGCCUCUUUGGUUGCCGCCAAAUGCAGCAAUCGAUUCGUUCGUUUGCCUGCAGCAGCAGCAGCAGUCGACUCUGCUCAUCACACGAGAUCAAGAUUUCUUUCGUCGCAGGUUGCCACGAGUAAGGUGUACGAGCAUCCAUCAUCAUCAUGGCGAAAGCCGGCCAGGACGUCGAGGAUGAUCUCCUCCGCCAUGGCCGCCGGCGCCGACGACGGCGACAGAGACGAGCUCCUCGGCUACGGGCUCAUGGUGGACGCCGCCUACCUGACCUACGACGCCGUCACGAAGCAGCAGCCCGGCGGCGGCGAGCGCUACGAAGCCGUCUUGUCCGGCGAGCUCGACAAGCUCAUCGCCACCGCCGAUGCCAGCCGCCGCCGCCGCCGGCACGUCGUCACCGCCCACUUCUUCGCCACCAUUGAGCCGCUCCAGGCGGUGCUCGACGCUCUGCCCGUCGUCGGCGGCGUGGACAAGACGUACUGGUUCGGCUACGUCGCCGUCGCCAGGCGCGGCGACUGCUGGGACGUCGUCGUCGCGUGGCGCGGCUCGUCGACGCUCGCCGACUGGAUGAUGGACAUGCAUGUCAUGAAUCUCGUCGACUUCGGCGGCGGCGCCGGCACCGCCGGCCAUGUGGCGGAGGGGUUCUACAACGUGUACACGUCCAAGGACGUGAAGGUGAAGCACGGCACGGUCAGCGCCAAGGAGCAGGCCGUCAUGGAGGUGAAGCGGCUGGUAGACCAUCUCCGACGGCGUUCCGGCGCCGCCGGCGAGAAGCCCGUCAAGGUGCGGGUGACCGUGACGGGGCACAGCCUCGGCGGCGCGGUGGCCGUGAUGACCGCCCACGACGUCGCGGCGGCGCUGGCCGCCGACGCCGACGCCGAGGGCGUUCGUGUCCGCGCCGUGACGUUCGGCGCGCCGCGCGUCGGCGACGACGCGUUCCGCCGCGCCGUCGCCGCGCGCGGCGUGGAGGUGUUCCGCGUCAUCGUCAAGCAGGACAUCGUGCCGAAGCUGCCGAUGGGGAAGGAGUACGUCGACGCCAGCGACGGCGACUACGACAUCAUCAAGCUCGACGACGGCGGCAACUGGUUGUCGCCGCUGGAGCUGAUCAGGGCGCACAGCCUGAACCUGUACCUGCAACUCAUCACCCUGCGUAACCCCGCCAUCACUUCCGUGCUCAGCAAUUCGAACAGCGAUGCGCCGCCGCCGCCGCCGGCGGUGAGAGAGGAGUGGGUGAAUAUGAAGGAGGAGGAGGGAUACAUGCGGCUGCCGCUGGAGAAGCUAGAAGAGGAGCUGGACAAGCUAGAGGGCCCAAGCCCAAGAAAGUGACCAAAGUUUGAAGCCCAUGACUGAAAUUUCCCUAACUUGGGCCAUGCUUCGAACGACUUCUGCAGAAACUAUUACUUUUGUAAUUUGUAUUUGCGUUCAUCCUAUUUUGUUUACUCCUCCUGUUUUGUUUAAUCUCCAGAUAAAUAAAAUGGCAUAUAUCGCUGUUUAAAUAUUUGCAUUUAAAUGGUUUGUAGUGAUCUUUUUCCAUAAUAACGUUAUAAAUUCCAGCAUCACGUCAGUGACAAUCUGACGACAAGAUGUUUACACGACAGAACAAGAAAAUGGAUAUGGGUUGUACAAAAUAAAUCAUUGCAUUUCUCAAUGGCUGCAAAAUUAACAAUCUUCCUUGAUAACAGAUAGAAGUAUAUAGAAGAAUUAGUUUUUUUUUCUGAAUACAAGUUAAUUUCUCAUUCCCCUCCGACAAACGCAUUUCUAGAUCUAUCCAACACUGUUAAUGCUAACCAGAAACCUGAUCUGAAAUAGUCUACGCCUAAUCUCCAGAAAUUUCAAGUUGGGAGUCAUCGACAAGUGUUCCUACAACCAUUUGGCCAGGAAACAAAAGAAUUGCACAAUAAAGUGGGUUAGUCCCUAUUUUACGAG